AUGCGGCGGAAGCCGGGGGUCAACUGGGAGGCAGCCUUCCCCAGGGCAGAUGUGAAGGCGCUCGCGCUGCUGCGGCGGCUGCUGGCCUUUGACCCCUGCGACCGCCCCAGCGCGGAGGAGGCCCUGGCGGACCCCUACUUCUCCAACCUGCACUCGCCGGCGCGCGAGCCCAGCGCGCAGGCCAUCAGCAAGCUGGCGUUUGAAUUCGAACGGCGCAAGCUGGCGAUCGAGGAGGUGCGGGAGCUGAUCUACAGGGAGAUCCUCGAAUACCACCCGCAGGUCUUGCAAGACUACUUGUCUGGCGGCCGCCUGCCCACCUUCCUGUAUCCUUCUGCGGUCGACAACUUCAAGCGGCAGUUCAUGUACCUAGAGGGCCAGCAGGCCGGCCGCGAGGGCGCCGGCAGCAGCAAGGACGGCGCGAUCGCCGGCGGCGGCGCGUCGAGCGUCGGCGGCGCGGCGGCGCGGCACGGCGUCGGCGCGAACGGGCGGCCGAUCAUGGCGGCCACGUCGCUGCCGCGGGAGCGGGUGGGGGAGUUUCAGAACGAGGCCGCCAAGUUCUCGCAAAUGGUGCACCAGCAGGUGCAGCAGCAGCAGCAGCAGCAACAACAACAACAGCCGCGCGACUACGCGUCCGCCGCCGCCGCGGCCGCCGAGCAGCAGCGGCUCGCGGCGGCGGCCGCGGCCUACGCUACGUACGCGGCGCACGACGCGGCGCUCGCCGGCGCGCACGGCCAGCCGCAGCAGCAGCAGCAGCACUACGCGUCCGACAUGAUCGCGUCCUACCAGCAGCAUCAGCAGCAGGUCGCGGCGGCGCAGGCGCAGCAGCUGGCGGCCGACCCGUUCCGGCUGGCGCAGCAGCACUCGGUGGACUCCCUGGGCAGCUGCGUGCGCAGCAUGACUGUCAUGGAUCACUGCGGCCAGCCGGUGCAGCUGCCCUACGCGCCGGCGGCGCCCCUGUACCCGGCCAACCCCAUAAUGCGCAGCAGCAGCUACCAGCCGGCGAUGCAGCGCUGA